GCACAUUUGAUGAAUAUAUCGAUAAACAUCUGACCGGAAAUCAAAAAAUCGGAUCGAAUUGGUACGAAAAUAAAGAUUGGGUUACGUAUUCUCAAUUCGUCGAGGACGAUUUUUCGGACGAUGGCAGCGAUGACGAUUAUCAAGAAGAUAUAUACGAGCUCGACUACGAUUUUGAUAAUGAUGCAAAGUCAAUAUUCAGUCUUCGAGAAAAAGCUAAUCACUUUGGGUACUGUAAAGUUUGCGCGAGACCAAAUUUAAGUUACGAUUGGUGUAAUUCUUGUAAUAGAAAAAUUUUAGAGGUAAACUUCGCCCAAUGGAAUAGCGGUGACGAUAAUAUUAACGAAUUUAUUCGAGAAACUCAACGGAAGGCGAAUAAACAUCUCAAUUAUAUAGAAUGGGUAGAAUUUGAUUCAAUCACCAAUAUGACAUAUUUAGCCACAGGCGGAUUCGGUAUAGUGUAUACGGCGAAGUUAACUGACGAGGUACAAAAAAAGUCUAUAAAGGCGGUGCGUUUUCAUGCAGGAGACAAAGUAGUGUUAAAAGCUUUGAAAAAUUCUCAAUUCAUGUCGAAAGAAUUUUUAAACGAGCUACAAAAUUACCAUCAAUGCUUUGGUAAUGACAUGAAUGCACAUCUUCACAUAUUCGGAAUUACUUACGAUCCCAAUAACAUCGAAUACAUGAUGGUUCUUAAAUUCGCGAAAGGAGGAGAUUUACGUUCCAUUCUCCGUCAAAAUCAUAGAAAAAUUUCAUGGAGAGAUCGAAUCGAACUGCUUUAUGGGAUAUCACAGCAGUUACUUACCAUCCACAACAAGGACGUUAUUCAUCGAGAUUUACACGCAGGAAACAUUCUUUUCGACAAUAAAUUUUACGAACGUGAUUUCUUUAGACGAAUUUAUAUCGCCGAUCUAGGACUUGCCAGGCCUUGUUACCGACCGCAUACAACGGGCAAAGUUCCUUUUCGUAGAAAUGUGUUUAAUCAGGAUGCACUCCUUCAAUGUGCAAUUUGGGAUGGUGAACGGCCAAAUGUUCCUAAAGACACGCCAAAACCAUGGGUUGAAUUGAUGAAGAGAUGUUGGCAAGGCAAUCCGAAUGAUCGUCCUACGACAAGGGAAUUAUUCGAGACCACCGAAAGUUGGUAUUUCUUCAAAGAAGACUACACAGAAUUUAAGGACGCUGAUGAGAGACAAUCCGCGUUAUUAUACGCUGCAAAUCUCCAAUAUAACGCACCCCCAGAACAUACGCAAGAAUAUCAAGAAUUUCAAAAUGAGCGUAGUACAUCGAUUAAAUAUCUUCAAGAACAUCAAAUGCCAAUGAUUAGAGAACAAGUACAAGCGAGACUUCGGCUUAGUCAAUAUGAUUCAAAUCUAGAUGACUGUGCAAUUAGUGAUAAUAAAUGA